AUGGACUAAGUAAACACAUAGUAACUAAUGGGUUUUAUAUAGCUAUUUGCCUCUCUAUUUACGAGGUAAUUAGGUUAAAAAUAAUUAUAUUUUAAUCUCUUGAUCCAGAGAUUAUUUUUUUUGGCUAGCUCUUCAGCAUUUCAAUUUUUACUAUAGGUCGUUUAUGCAAUUAAAAUAUUUUAACUAAAGAUAUUUUGCUUUUUUUAGAACUGCUUUCUUUGUAAAAAGAUAUUGAGCCUGCACUAUCUCCGACUAAGAAUGUAUUAUCAGAUAACUUACAAAUAUCAGUUGUUAUACUGUUAUUGA